AUGGGUGCCUUGGACUCUCUUUCCGGCUAUAUUUCUGAUCUGAUAACUUUGCAUGGCGAAAAGAAGAAACGUAAAGUCAUGCAGACAGAUGAGAUCAAGUUUAAGAUGGACUAUGAUGGGUGUGACACUUCAAAGCUUUCUUCACCUAUAAACAUGUGUGAAACCUGUGGAUGUGAACCGGAAGCAAAGCCGAUGGCGUACCCUUACGUUGCUCAGGCUUACGAUAAGAAGGUACCGUCCGGGUACGUGAAGAACGCCUUGCAAGCAUUGCCGAGUCCGAAUUCCGUGGACGAGAAGUUCGUCACUGUCUUUAGCGACGAAAAUCCGAACGCAUGUUCCAUCAUGUAG